UCUGUGCCCUACCUACAGUCACUGAGAACAACUGGCAGUCAGAUACAACAGAAGUCUGUUUUGUCCACGUCCCGGGAGCCACAGUCCCUAACUCUAAUCACUGGCAGCUCCUGAGAUCAGAGCGAAGGCAGGGUAAGCAUGGGAGUCUGGGGAGAGGUAUUUCGCAUCCUAUCUGUGGCCUGCAGGUGGAACUGCCUAAGAGAAGCAGGAACCUGUGACGGUCAUCCCCAAACCUGAAGCCAUGGUCAGUGAGGAAGAUGAGCCAAGGAACUGCGCGGUGUGUGGGGACCGAGCCACAGGCUACCACUUCCACGCCUUGACUUGUGAAGGCUGCAAGGGUUUCUUCAGACGAACGGUCAAUAAAUACCCCGGACUCACCUGCCCCUUUGCUGGAAGCUGUGAGGUCAGCAGGGCCCAGAGGCGCCACUGCCCAGCCUGCAGAUUGCAGAAGUGCCUAGCUGCUGGCAUGAGGAAAGACAUGAUAAUGUCAGCAGAAGCCCUGGCACUGCGGCGAGCAAAGCAGGCCCAGCGGCGGGCGCGGCAAACGCCAGUGCAGCUGAGUAAGGAGCAGAAAGAACUGAUCCAGACACUCCUGGGGGCCCACACUCGCCACAUGGGCACCAUGUUUGAACAGUUUGUGCAUUUCAAGCCUCCAGCUUAUCUGUUCAUCCAUCACCAGUCCUUGCCCACCCUGGUCCCUGUGCUGCCUUUGCUCACACACAUUGCAGACAUCAACACUUACAUGGUGCAGCAAAUCGUCAAGUUCACCAAGGAUCUGCCCCUCUUCCGGUCCCUGCCCAUAGAGGACCAAAUCUCCCUCCUCAAGGGGGCAGCUGUGGAAAUCUGCCAAAUAUUGCUCAAUACCACUUUCUGUGUCCAAACACAAAACUUCCACUGUGGGCCUCUUCACUACACAAAGGAAGACGGAGUCCAUGUGGGGUUCCAGGAAGAAUUUAUGGAGUUGCUCUUUCGCUUCCAUGGCACGCUGCGACGACUACAGCUCCAGGAGCCCGAAUAUGUGCUCAUGGUCGCCAUGGCUCUCUUCUCUCCCGACCGGCCUGGAGUUACCCAGAGAGAAGAGAUUGAUCAACUGCAGGAGGAGAUGGCACUGACUCUGGACAGCCACAUCAAAGGCCAGCAGCCGGGGCCUCGGGACCGGUUUCUGUACGCAAAGCUGCUGGGGCUGUUGGCCGAGCUUCGGAGCAUCAACGACGCAUACUGGUAUCAAAUACAGCGCAUCCAGGGACUGCUGGCCAUGAUGCCACUGCUCCAGGAGAUCUGCAGCUGA